AAGCCCCCCGCCUUUGUGUCUCCGCAGCGGACGCCGAGCUCCGGCGAUUCACCCGCAUCUUCACGGUGGAGCUGGCCAGAGGAUUUUCAGAGAAGCACAUCUGGCUCUCGCUGUGGGACCGUCCCGCUCGCAGUCGCUUCACCCGAGUUCAGAGGGCCACGUGCUGUGCCGUCCUCCUCUUCCUCUUCUUCGUCACCAACUCGGUGUGGUACGGCAUCGUCGUGGACACGGACAGAAGUCCCGGCCCCGUGGCAGACCUGGUGCCGCUGAACGGGGAGAUGGCGGCUGUGGGCAUGCUGACCUGCGUCCUGGUGUACCCCGUCUACCUGCUGCUGCUGACGCUCUUCAGGAUGGCCCGCAGCAAGGCCUCCUUUGAGUUGCCCGCUGAAGAAGCCGACCAGGAGGCGCUGGAGAUCGAUGACGACUUGGACACCUCGACCGUUGGCAGCUCUUUAAUGACGUUCACGGGCAUCGCCACGGAGGUCUACCCAGAUGACACCAACCUGGACCCCUCUGCUAAACUGUCAAAGAGCUUACACAAGAUGGCCUCGCCCGAUGCAGUGCCCACCUGGAAUGACUUCCUCAGUGACUCGUCCAUCAUGGUCAACAGUCUGCCCAAGCUGAAGAGAGGCCAGGGCAGUCGGCAUCUGGGUGUGGACAUGACACUGGCACCCGAGGAAGAGGACAUGUACAGCCACAGGAACAAAUAUUUCACCGCUUCAGAUGAGGACUUGAUUCGGAAGAUCCUGGCUGAUGGGCAUGGGCAGGCGCCAAGGCUGAUGGACACGGACCAGUUUCUCUCUCCAAGUGAAGCGGAGCUGUCGACGGUCUUUGGUGAUAAAACCGAAGUCAUCAUCCUACAGAAGCUGAACGAGCCGAGGGCCUCGAGAUGCCAGCUGGCGUCCAGGUCAGCGUCUGCCCAGGCAGCAGAUGGCAGCUGCUCCUUGGCGCUGCUCCCACCCUGGUGUAGCCACACGGCCCACGUGCUCGGCCUCCUCGUGUGCACUGGCGCCUUUGGUGUCUCCGUCUGGAUUGGUGUGGGCUUCUCGUCCCAAGUGGCGCUUAAGUGGCUCAUCUCUGGCAUCUUCAGCUUCUUGGCCUCUUUCUUGGUGCUGGAGCCCCUGAAGGUGGUGGUUGAAGCCCUCUACUUCUCCUUGGCCAUCAAGCGGCUGUACCCCGAGGAGAGCGACACGCUGGUGGAGACCCCGCAGGUGGAGCACAUUUCCGAGAAGGUCACCCGCGUGCGGCCCCCGCAGGGCUUCGCUCUUUUUCAGGCCAAGGAAGAGGCCAAAAAGGUCAAAAUGCUGCACACCAUGCUGAAGAAUUUCCUCGUCUACAUGCUCUUCCUGCUGGUCAUCCUGUUAACAAACUACGGCGACUCCUUCGGCGACACCAACGCCCGCCGCCUGCAGUGCCUCGUUCAGCAGCAGCUCGAGUCAACGGCGUUUGGCAGCAUUUCCAAGCCACACGAGUUUUGGAUCUGGCUGUCGGAGACGUUGCUGCCUUACCUGUAUGGGAACAAAACUCUGACGGACACCUGCAACGUCCUGCUGGGCAGCCCGCGUCUGCGGCAGGUCCGCUCCCUAGACGCAGGGGGCAGCACUUCCAGUCCAAACGCACAGGUGGCCAGGAUGAACGCGAGUGACGGCUGGGCGUAUGUCCAUCCGGAGCUGCCGGGGGUCUGGCACUGGGGGCAGUUGUCCAUUUACGACAGCGGUGGCUACGUGAAGGAGCUUGGAAACAACAGCCGUGAUGCUGGUGCCAUCGUGCAAAGCCUCCGACGUUGGGGCUGGCCGGACAGUCGGACCCGGGUGGUCUUUCUGGAGUUCACGCUUUACAACACCAACACGGACCUUUAUGCGGUGGUCACGUUUCUGGCCGAGUUCCCACCAGCAGGAGGCGCAUACACAUCACUGGACGUCAGGGUCAUCGCCUUGGCACGACAGGGGGCCGGGGUCGACCUGCUCUUUGUCAUGAUGGUCUUCUUGCUGGUCUUCGUCGUUUACUUUGCGGUCCACGAGGCGCAGUCCAUGAAGAGGCAGGGCUGCUCUUACCUGCGCCGGCCCUGGCACCUCCUGCAGUUGGUCAUCACGGGGCUGUCGGCGGCCGCCCUGCUCCUCCACUUUGUCUGCUGCAGCGCCGCCGAGCGCCAGUGGGCCCACCUGAUGAGGCAGAGGGGCCGCUUCACCGACUUCUACCAGGUGGCCUUCCUGCGCUCGCUCUUCAGCGACUCGGCCGCCGUGCUGCUUUUCCUCCUCACCCUGAAGGCGGCUCGCCAGCUGCGUUUCCUCAGAGAGUGGUCAGUGCUGGGUAAGACCGUGUGGCACUCGGCUCGGGAGCUGGCUGGCGCGGCCGUGGCCUUCACGCUGGUCCUCCUCUCGUUCGCCCAGCUCGGGUAUUUGAUGUUCUGCGCAGACCUGGAAGCCUUUGGCACUUUGGGCUCAGCCACCAUGUCUUUGCUGUCGGUGGCCCGCGCGUCACUGUCACUGCAUGCCCACCUGCCGGAGCGGGCGCUCGUCUGCCUCUUCUACAUCAGCUACAUCAGCCUGGAGACCUGCAUCAUCAUCAAGAUCUUCGCCGCCGUGUUCAUCCGGAACUACAGCCUGGUCCGCUCCGAGAUGUACCGGCCUGCCAUCGAGCCUCAGGAUUACGAGAUGGUCGAGCUGUUUGUGCGGCGCCUAAAGAUGUGGAUGGGCAUCAGCAAGGCCAAGGAGUUCCGCCACAGAGUCCAGUUUGAAGGGAUGGAGCCCUUGCCUUCCCGAUCGUCCAGUGCCUCCAGAUCUCUGCACCUGCCAACUCCGGACACCGCCUCGGAUAUCUCCUUCAACUCCACCUCAUCAGACCAGGCCGAGAGCCUGCUGCCGGGUAGCUGUCAGGAGAGACCAGAGACCGAAGCCAACAUGCUGCGCCUCCUGCCCGUCUUCGAAGCCCUGCUCCUCCAGUUUGACCGGGUAAACAAAGUCACCGAGGACGUCUACCAGACCGAGUGUCGCCUGGAACUCCUGCAGAGGAGCAUCAACAGGAGCAAAGGGGUGCAAAUGACGGGAAUCCUGCUCAACAAGUACUGCCUGAUGAACCCCCAGUCUGACCGUGAGGCUGAGGACAGGAAAGCCAAUGCGCCCAGCAGCUUGUUCAGGCACCCCGCACACACAGCCAUCGUCCCGAUGAAAAAGAGAAAGCCCACAGUGCCGAAGAACAAGGUGCACCCCAAUACAGAUAUGCUGAGAACAUAGCGCCCCCUUGCCCAACACACCAAAGCUCAAACUCGACCCAGCAGGCUGGGCAGUUACCACUUGUAUACAGGCAGCUAUCUGGAGAAGCUUCUGUUCCACAUGCCAAUGGAUGGCACAGGUCCUCCGGCUCGGGAUCAUCACAUGCUAUUCUUGUGGAGGAGCCCGUCACCCGAUUGAGUCCGAGUGGCAGCCCUUCUGAUUGUGUUCCUGUUGUUGACUUUUGGAGCUUGGCGAGCUGGCGCUGGUCACCAGCUGACCUCGUGUGGCCCCGGAGGCCCAAGGUACGCCAAGCAGUUGGGCUCAAGUGUGUGUCUGUGUGUGUCUGCACAUGAUUAAGGACUUGUGAAUGAUGAUCCGAGUGGAAACGAGUUGACGGGAGAGCUGGAGGGGCAGCCCUCAUCGCGGCAUUGGCAUAGCGGUCAGACCUGCUGCCACUCAAAGCCCCUCAGAAGCACUUUGGUCAAGUUCAAGCGUGCAGCAUGCAAUUCUCUUGCGUCCCCAGAGUUGAGGGCAUUUCCCGUUCCCUUCUACUUGGCACUUUAUUGUUAAAAUUACAUAAUUUUUAUUUUGACUUUUAAUACGCAGGGGGCGAUUUCUAGGGAACUUCUACACUUGCUCUGCCUUGAAUCUCGUGCUGGCACGAGGAAGGCUUGCUAUGCGCUUACUCAGGGAUCCCAGAGUCGUGUCCUCCUCAUUUCAAACGAGACUAACAAAGGACAACACCUACUUCAAAAGUUGAGGGCAAGGGGGUUGGUGGGUGGGUUGGCGGACUGGCACCAACCUUUAAGCUAACGUUCUUAAUUAAAGGCAAUUGCGGCCUUGGUCACUUGGUGGCACCCCAGCUGGCCUUUUGUAAAGAUGUUGGGGGAUUGAACGGAGGCAGGCUGUGUGCACCAUGCCACUUUAAUCAAACUGGCGGGCGAGUUCGGUACUCAGCACUACUUUUAUAUUCCUUAUCUCACAAGUACUCGGUAACCGCUCUUCAAGAUUAACAUUUUUUUUUCUUUUAUUGCACCUUAUUACGUGGUUGGCGUCCUCUUUUUUUUUUUUUUAGGGAACCGCAAAGCCAAAAUAAAAGGACAAAGAUGGUGAGGGGUGCCAUGCCAUUUAAAAAGUGCUCCCACCCAGUCCUUCAAAUGUGCCAAACGGAUAAUCGGGUGUCCGCUGCAUUUUUCCUUAUCUUUCAUUUUGUCUGUCUCAGGGUCUGCUGGCGGACUCUUCUUCAGUUCCCAAGCCGUCACCCGUAAGUCAGGCGUUUCUCGUGGUUGUGCAUGGUACUGGGCCAUGAAUGGUCAGUUUUUGCCACCAGGAGAAGGCACUUUACUGGCAUGACAAUCAUUUUGUGUUGGCAGAACAUUAGUUAUGGGUGUAUUUUCACUCAGGCAUUGGCCAGCCUACCAGAUUGAGGCUGUCCAGGGGGGACGCCGACUCGCGUGCAUCGACUUCAGGGCCCCUUUAGUCAGGUUUUUAAUGCACCCUGAGAAUAACUUUUUUUUUGUUUUGGAAAUAUUUAAUUAUUAAUAAACUUUGUUAUUGAAGAUCCCCCAGAAGAUCUGUAAUAGACGGGCUGUCCCUGCACUUGCUUUUUGCUUGGGUCACUUUCUACCAUGGAUUGUGCCGCUUGUUAACAUCUCUGUAUCGGACAAAAUCAAAUAAAGAUUUGAUGGCUAUGCC